CGCCGAGAGGACAUCCGCAAGGAGGGGUGGGCGUGGAAGGAGUCGCUCUUCCUGCGGCAGUACCGCAAGCGCUGGCUCGUGCUCACGGGAGGGCAGCACGCGCGCCUCUCUCCCGCGCCUCUCACGCGCCACCCGCCGCCGCGCCUCCAGGACAUCGACCUGCGGCAGUGUGGCACCGUCAAGUCGGCCGACGACCUGACAAACAAGCCCUUCUCCUUCACCGUGCAGGUUCCGGACCGCAACUUUUUCCUGGCGGUGGACAAUGAUGCGGACCGAAAUGAGUGGGUCGCCGCGAUCGGCCGC